AUGCCACAGGUUCUGGGACUGCUGUUUGCGGUGGCACUUGUGCUGAGAGCGAAGGCUCAGCUGAACCUCCCAGCCACCCCACAGCUUUUCACCUACGAUGUGGUGAAGGAAUAUCCACACGACCCCGACGCUUUCACACAGGGCCUCCAAUUUGACAGGGCUGGGGCCACAGAAUUUUUCUGGGAGUCCACAGGGAUGCAUGGGCAAUCGACUGUGAGGCAGGUUGAGUUGGAGUCCGGGAAGGUGCUCCGCAGCAAGGCUCUUGAUCCGAGCGACUUUGGAGAAGGCCUCACAAAGCUGGGGAACAAGUUGUACCAGGAAGUGUGGCAGAGUGGGAAGCUGUACGAGUACGACACUCUCAACUUUGAUGAUGUCAAGACCUUGGCAGGACCACUGACUGACGGCUGGGGAAUCACGACAGACAACACGUCCCUGAUCCUCAGCGAUGGGAGCAGCUCCCUUGCAUUUGUCGAUCCUGCAACUCUGACGGUGACUGAUGGCGGAUUCCUGGUCUAUGCUCUGAAUGAGCUCGAAUAUGUGAACGGAGAGAUUUGGGCAAACAUUUGGCUGACAGACUGCAUUGCCCGCAUCGACCCAGCCACAGGCACCGUCAAGGCGUGGAUCCUGAUGUCACAGCUGCGCACCGCGCUGCAAGCUCAGAACAUCCAGCAGACCUACCCAAUGGAUGUCCUUAACGGCAUUGCGUAUGACGACGCCACGGGAAGGCUGUUUGUGACGGGCAAGUACUGGCCGCGCCUGUAUGAGGUCAAGCCCAGGCUGCAGAGCGCCAGCCCCAACCCCCUAGAACUGCUGGACGCACGGCGCCGCUGCAUAAAGAGCAGCAGCGGUUUCUGA